AUGGACCAAAACCAAAAAAAAUCCGACGAGAUUCUCUUCGAUGACUUGGUGCCGCUUCCAUUCCGAAUCCUUUUUCUCGUCCAACUCGGAGUUUUUUUCUGGUACUACCUAGUCUAUUCGUGUUACAACUUGAGGAAGUUAAACAUUUUGCACCUAAUCAAGUUGUCAUAUUCAGCACAUGACUACUCACAACUCGAUGACCACUACAUACCCAAUGGAGAGUUUGCUACGACUCUCGUUCCGGAUUUCAAUUCCAACCUCAUUCUAGCCAAUGGAAUUUGGGCUAACCUUCGACCUGUGACUAUCGUCAAUGUUAUAGGUUGGGCUGUGUUUAAGAUUAUUCAACGUAAAGUGAGUCUGAACGACGAUGUUUCGCCAGCCAUUUUUAUUCCGUUGUCCUAUGUGAUCCCGUUAGCAUUAUUUUUUCAUUUGUUCUAUAGAUUGUUCUACAAAUCCAAAGUGCAAAAUUCUAUGGGACAGUACAGAGCAUUUACCACCAUGAAAAGAAUCUUGUUGGGUAAGAUAAACUCUAGCACAAUGAGAACUAACGAUAUUUUGAUAUCAGAUAGUUUGGUCUCCUACAGCAAGGUAUUGAAUGACUUCGGCUUGUACCUUUGGAACUACUACUACGCCAGAGACAUACCAUACAGUGUCGAGUUAGAAUUCAUUUUACUAUGUAUACCGACAUUUAUUCGCAUGAAGCAAUGUUAUUCUGAAUACAGAAGCACCGCAAACAGACAGCACUUAUUCAAUUUCAUCAAGUAUUCUACAACCUUGGGUCCAUUAUUCGUAAACCUGUUGAUCAAAUCUAUUAUCACUUCGCCAGGAAAGGAUCUUAAUGAACCUGCAUUCUUGGACAAAUUGCAGUCCUUGAACAGGUGGUGGUACUUGCUUUCGUUUGUAAACUCAACGUAUUCGUUUAUUUGGGAUGUGAAGAUGGACUGGGGGCUUAAGAUGUUUGAUUUUCUCUUCGAAUCCAAAACUUACUACUUCAAAAUGGUUCUCUUGAGACCUAAAUUAGCAUUUGAGCCCGUUGUCUAUUUCGCUGUCAUCUUGUUUGACUUCAUAGUGAGGUUUGUCUGGAUUCUCAAAGUUUUCAUUGUUAAAGAAGGACAGGACCAAGUCAAAUGGACGACGUUGCAUAUGUUGUCAACCUUUUUAUUCGGUUACGAUGCAUUUUCGUUUGGGUACACCGUGAUUGAAUUCCUUGAGAUCCUCCGUAGAUGGGCCUGGUGUUUCAUCAAACUCGACUCAGACUGGGCCACGCUUGAACAAGCUACCGGUAACGAUAUUGAGUUGGUCAAUACCUCAAAAUUGGGCUAA